AUGGAUUCCGCCGGCCAGCUGCUCCAUGAUGCCCACCAGCUCUACGACCGCUCCGGUGGGAUAGGCGGGGACGCCUCGUCUCGGCCACCCGUAUACAAAAUCGUCGGUAUAAUCCUCGCCAUAUCUUCCGGUCUAUUCAUUGGCGUGUCCUUUGUGCUGAAGAAACAUGGCCUGCUUAAGGCCAACGAAAAAUACAAUGAAGAGGCGGGAGAGGGCUACGGAUACCUCAAGAACGUGUGGUGGUGGUCAGGCAUGACGCUCAUGAUCAUCGGCGAGAUCUGCAACUUUGUCGCAUACGCCUUUGUCGACGCCAUCCUCGUUACACCAAUGGGCGCUCUGACCGUCGUGGUCGCUGCUAUCCUGUCUGCUAUCUUCUUGAAAGAGCGCUUGAGUUUUGUGGGAAAGAUGGGCUGUGUCAACUGCAUUAUCGGCUCAAUUGUCAUCGCUCUGAAUGCGCCGCAACAGUCUGCUGUAUCCAAUAUUCAGGACAUGAAGAGACUCGUGAUAGCGCCAGGCUUUCUUAGUUACGCAGGAGUCGUCAUUGUUGCGAGCGUUGUUAUCGCCCUCUGGCUAGGGCCCAAGUAUGGAAAGAAGACUAUGAUGGUAUACCUUACCAUCUGCAGUCUCAUUGGUGGUCUCAGUGUCGUUGCGACGCAGGGUCUUGGAUCCGCCAUUAUUGCUCAAAUCAACGGCCAGUCCCAGUUCAAGGAAUGGUUCUUAUACGUUUUACUCGUAUUUGUGGUUUCUACUUUGCUAACCGAGAUCAUUUACCUCAAUAAAGCGCUUAACCUCUUCAAUGCCGCUCUGGUCACGCCCACCUACUACGUCUUCUUCACUUCCGCUACCAUUGUCACCUCGGCCAUCCUCUUCCAAGGUUUCAAAGGCUCGGUUAUCAGCAUCACCACUAUCAUCAUGGGCUUCCUACAGAUCUGCACUGGAGUCAUUCUACUACAACUGUCCAAAUCUGCAAAAGACGUACCCGACGCUGCUGUGUUCAAGGGCGACCUUGAUCAAGUCCGCACCGUCGCUGAGCAAGAAGAGCCGGAAUACGAACCGAGAGCAGACACCAUCCGUGGCGGUGGUGCCAUCCUGCGGUCCAUAUCCAAGGCGAGGAGCGAGAAACAACUCCAAGAGGCGAAGAGAUUGCAAGAAGAGCGCAUGCAGCCUAUUGGCGAAGGGGAGGCGGUCGAAUUCGAUGGCCUGCGAAGACGAAAAACCGUGCUCGACCCCAACCGCCCGCCCACGCGAAGCGCUACUAUCGUUCAACACAAGGUUGUGCAUCCCCCGCUGGGCAUGUCGCACUUCCCCGAAGACGAUUCCGACGACGACACAGCCUCCUAUCACCCAGGUUUCUUCCAAAGGCUGCGAUCUCGCGGCAAGUCGCAAAGCAGCACUAACCCUCCACUCGACCUCGAGUCCCUGCCGCCUGGAUCGUCUGGAAAGCCCUACGGUGGCGACAUGCAAACCGACACCUCGUACAAACCCCACGAGACCACCAUCCAAUUCACCUCUUUACCUCAUCCGCCUCACCCGCAAGAUCCCGACUUCGAAGACGCGCCGGGCGAGCUGCAUCCUCCGAGGCCACCACCCCACACCGCGAAGCGCCAGUUCUCCUUUCAGAACGUCUUCUCACGGAAGCGCUCGGAGUCUGGCGCCGGGGAAUCGAUAACGAGCAGGCCCGUUAGCAGGCACAGCCGAAAAGGCAGCCAGAAUGUAAAGGACGCGACUGAGGAGGAGCGUCUGGGGCUCGUUAAGGGCGAUUCGCGCAUAAUGGGGCCGAUAAUUAGCCGUGACAGUCGCGAAGGGAGCCCGCCGAUGUACACAGAUGAUGAGUGGCGUAUAGCGAGGAGUUCCUCUCCGGAGCGCGGGCUCAGUCCCGGCAGAGGCCCGAGUCAGGCGCAGGGCCAGGCGUUGCGGCGCGUGGACACGGAAGAGUGGGAUCCGGAUGACGAUAAGGAGUUUGAAAGUAGGAAGGCGUCGGGUGGGGCGUUCAUAUAA